AGAAGCAGCGCCACCAUCAAAACACGGCGUUCGAAAAGCAGAUAUGAACUGUUUCUCCGGGUGAAAAUUCCGAGGGAAGUGCGUCUAAGAGUGAAAUGACGAAUUCCACGGAUGUGGCCGAACCUCCAGCAGUCGUCAAAUCGAAACAUUCUCACCAUGAUAAGUAUACGGACAUCACCACAGCCUACUAUAUUUUCGCGUUUCUUCUGAUCGGUGUACCCGUAUGGUGGAAGUCUACCGCGAUACAUAGAGCCUACAUCCCCUUCCACGAAAUCGUUGAGCUCCAUAACAGCAAUGUUUCCCAGUUGAUCCAUGUUCUGCUCAUGGUGGACGAUUCUUCCAUCGAUAUAGAUCCGCUCUCGGCAUCCAUUUCCGAAGCGAACGCCAUCAGGGACUCCAACGUCAACUCUGCCCAUCUGCGGUUCUCUUAUUCGUGGAACAUUAGAAGAGUCAGCAAGAAUGCUGAGGACGUGAUCUUGAAUUCCAAGAGUCUGUCGUCUCUGGAUGACAAUUUCAAAACCCUUUUGGAAGGUGUCACGGCAGACAUUGUGGUUGUCCUGUCUAAAUCGUUUCCGGCUCACCCUCGUGCCAUAGUCGGCGGUCACCGCACAGUUUUCGUGUCUUCAGUGGAGAAGGACUUGCUGGUUCUGGCACGUUAUCUCGUCAAAAGCGUGGUGUACAGCGUGGUUCGUGAAGACGUCUUUCGGAGUAUUUCGCAGCCCUUCUCGAGCGAAGAAAGGAAGCGGCCGACCAAAGAGCAGCAGCGCUCCUUGCACGCUUCACCGUCCGUGGACGUUGUCAUCACUUGCGUGGUGCCUCAGCCUCAAGUCAUUGAUGUGACUUGGAACAGCGAGGCGGCUUACAACGCUUACAUGAAACCCGUGGUGAACAGGUUGAAACAUGUGGUGCAACUCAAUUUGAAGACUCAGUUCAAGUUCGGGCAUGCGAUCAAAUUGCACACCGAGAAGAAUCCCGAGUCUGGCGGCUUCCAGAUCCGACACGAUAAACUCGCUCUGCUCAUCAAUCAGUUCGAGAAGUUGUUGCCCGGGCAAGUGUCGCAGAGCCCUGUCUUGAAUUUCAUCGUCUACACUGUUCCCAAGGAGAUUUCACCUUUGCACAUAAUCGACGAGGAAGGGAGAAAGCUCGAGAGUAAUGCGUUCAUCUCACCUCGAUGGGGAGGUGUCAUGUUCUACAACGUUGAAUUCCACGGAGCAAGCGAUGGGAUGCAGAAGGUGGCCCUGGACAGCCGGAAAAUAUAUCAGGUGCUCCUUACUCAAAUCAGACCUUUACUGGGCGUCCCUGAGAAAAGCUCAGCGAUGGAGUUCGACACGCACUUCCGCCGCGAUGGUGCAGUCUUCUCCGACUGGGAAAUCGAUUUCAUGAUGCGGAGGAGAGCUCAUGACUAUCUGAGCGCUACAGCCAGGAUCCUGCAUAGUUUAGCCGAUCUCGUCAACAAAAUUGGGAAUAUGGUGAUCAAUGAGAACGUUGGACAGCUGACCGUAGCAUCCGUCGCAUCAGCUCGAAACGCACUCCGACUCCUUGAUCAGGGGCACCUGGAAUCUGCUAUGGCAUCCGCUGAGGAUGCGUUCACAGCUUCGGAAAAAGCGUUCUUCGAUCCUUCCCUUCUCGGCCUCCUCUACUUUCCCGACGACCAAAGAUACGCGAUAUAUGUACCCCUCUUCGUGCCAACUUUGUACCCUAUAAUCUUCUCAACUGGCCUGAUCGCGCGGUACAUCUAUAGUUUCUGUUUGAGGUGGCGCAAGCAGAAGUUCGAAUGAAAACUGGUGAUCUCGGACGAUUGCUAUGGAAGCCUGCAUAUUUGUGUCAAUUCCUCGGCUUUCAAAAAAGUGUAUAUAAUCUCUAAACGAGUCUACGCCUGGUCGAUUUAGGUAUGUCUACCCUUGUAAAUAAAGCCAAAUGAUUCUUCU